AUGAGUGCAGCACGCCGGAGGAACCCACAGGCGCAUGCUGUCGUCGAAGACCAUGCGACCCGGAAAUCAGGCAAUCGACAAUCAAGCAACUCUCAACUUGCAAAUGGCCAAGCGGCAACCGAAGCAAAGCAUGGAGGUCGUACAGGUCAGCCUACUGAUACUCACACAGCUCCAACGACGAGGCCAAGUACCAAGGAGGCUAAACAAAAUGCGACUAUCCGAUCCUCACCGACUCAAUCGCGAUUCGCCGAGCUCCGAACUGGCUCGAGUGCGGACAUCACUCCCAAGGGGAACACUCAUGUGCUACGAGAGUCGAAACAACAGGCGUGCUAUCCCGAGGAUACUACAAGCCAAUCUAUAGGGCGCGUGCAUGCCUCGCGUAGUCCCCUCGAAGCAGCGCCAGCGGCCAUCAUUCGUCAGCCGCGAGGACCCACUCAGUCGCACUCUGGACUGAGCUCUAGGCACCAGCCAUCAUCUCUAUCGCCU